CGUCAUACCACCGUCGUUGCUCCCCCCCGACACGUCUCCCAAAGCAGACUCGCCAUCCUGAUCCUAGACUACUGAAAAGCCGUCCUUUCUCACUCUUCUCUCUUCUGACCUUCCUUCCUUCUUCCUUCCUUCCACUCCACUCCACUCUCCCCUCCACUCCCUCUCAUCACACACAUUCACAAUGGUAUUUGCUCGCUCCUCCCUGCGCAUGGCCCGCCCGGCCUCCUCGCUGCUCUCGCAGCGGGCCACCGCAUCCUUCACACAGCGCGGCGCGAACCUUGCACGAGCUGGAGGCGUCAGAACGCUGACCUCGACUUCUUCUCGACAGGGCAAGGUGCUUCUCGUUUUGUACGAUGGCCAUGAGCACGCUCAGCAGGAGCCGAGACUGCUCGGAACCACUGAGAACGAGCUCGGUCUCAGGAAGUGGAUCGAGGACCAGGGCCACACUCUUGUGACCACCUCGGACAAGGAGGGAGAGAACAGCAAGUUUGACCAAGAGCUCGUUGACGCCGAGGUCAUCAUCACCACACCAUUCCACCCAGGAUACCUCACCGCUGAGCGCCUCGCCAAAGCCAAGAAGCUCAAGAUCGCCGUCACCGCCGGUAUCGGUUCCGACCACGUUGACCUCAACGCCGCCAACAAGACCAACGGCGGCAUCACCGUCGCUGAGGUGACCGGCUCCAACGUCGUCUCCGUCGCCGAGCACGUCGUCAUGACCAUGCUCGUCCUCGUCCGCAACUUCGUCCCCGCCCACGAGCAAAUCGCCGCCGGAGACUGGAACGUGGCCGCCGUCGCCAAGAACGAGUACGAUCUCGAGGGCAAGGUCGUCGGUACCGUCGCCGUCGGCCGUAUCGGUGAGCGUGUGCUCCGCCGUCUGAAGCCAUUCGACUGCAAGGAGUUGCUGUACUUUGACUACCAGGCUCUGGCUCCUGAGGUCGAGAAGGAGAUUGGUUGCAGACGUGUUGACACCCUCGAGGAGAUGCUGGCGCAGUGUGAUGUUGUCACCAUCAACUGCCCUCUCCACGAGAAGACCCGCGGUCUCUUCAACAAGGAGCUGAUCAGCAAGAUGAAGAAGGGCUCAUGGCUCGUCAACACCGCCCGCGGCGCCAUCGUCGUGAAGGAAGACGUCGCCGCAGCUCUCAAGUCCGGCCAACUCCGCGGCUACGGAGGCGACGUCUGGUUCCCGCAACCCGCUCCCGCCGACCACCCUCUCCGCACCGCUUCCUACUCCACCUGGGGCGGCGGCAACGCCAUGGUUCCCCACAUGUCCGGUACCUCGAUUGACGCCCAGGCGCGCUACGCCGCGGGCACCAAGGCCAUCUUGGACUCGUACUUCUCCGGUCGCGAGGACUACCGUCCUGAGGAUCUGAUUGUGCACAAGGGUGACUACGCGACGAAGGCGUAUGGUCAGAGGAAUUUGAUUGAUAAGAAGUAGAGGGUGAUGAGAAUGUGAUGGAUUGUGGAAUAGUGGAUAGUGGGUAGUGGAUUGUGAGAGCGAGAAUGGAAUUUGUGAUACCUCU